UUAUAUGUUUCCCUUAACAGUUCUUAGCAGUAAUAAAACUUCAACCGAGAAUGUCAGACGUUUUUUCCCUAGUUCCCAGCGAAAUUGUAGUCAAGAUCCUUAGUUUUCUACCUGCUAAAGAUCUUUGUUCCGUUUCUUUGGUUAACAAGAAUCUUUGGUCGUUUAUUCAAGAUGAUUACGUUUGGCAUUCAAUUUGUAUUAAUCAAUUUCCUACAGAUUACGUAUCUGAAGAACUAAAGAAAAUGAUUGCAGAAGAAGAUAACAUUGAGGAACAGCAUGUAAACGUUGUAAACAAAAAGCUUUAUAAACGACUAUCCAGGCAUAUUAGUUUUAUGGCCAAAGAACGAUGCAUCACUUGGUUAGACAUUCAACAGGGAGGUGGAAAUAAUCAUCAUUGGCGGACCCUCGAAGAUUCACAGAGUGAAUUUGGAAAAAUUGUGUUUCUGGAUCAUGUUUGGUGGUUUGAUGUUAUGUCAACUCUAAAAGCUGUUCUGCCUGGCAUCUAUGAUAUUGUAUGGCGAUUAAAAGUUAGAUCUCGAAAUAAUAUUCAUGAUCUAAACUUUUCCGCUACUGUCGUAGAAAAAGUUGAGAAUGGAGAUGAAGAGACAAUCAUUCGUGAAUACUAUCAUACUCCACAAGUCAAGAUGUUCUCAAAAAUUGCCAGCAAAAACGAUUGGGUUGAAUAUCGUGUGCCUUAUAAGUUAUUCGUACCUGAGCGAGAAGUGAUCGGUGGUAAACUAAUAUAUCAUGACGUUCGUCUUAAAAUUUUUAACUACGAAGGUUUUUUAAAAACUGGAUUGUGGAUCGACUUUGUUAGAUUAAGAGAACAUGAUGCGAGCAGAGUUUAUGACGAGUUCGAAUAGAUUGUCUGAAUAUAGUGCACGUGUGAUCUUUCCUACAUCUUCGAGAUUUCGGACUAUUUAAAAGUAUUAUUCCUUUUUAGCAUUCGUUAGUGAUUUUAUUUAUUAUUUCAUCUGUUUUAUCAUAUAUAUAAAAUAAAAAUUUCUUAUGCUUAAUCCAUGAAAUAUUCUGGUG